CUAAUUUCAAGCUUUUACAGCUCGCAUUAGCAUGCUCUGAAUCUCAAAGGCCAGAGGUGAUCCCAUCACCCACUCAUUCCCUCACAUCCAGCCAAGCUGACUGCAUCCCCUCACUGACUAUCCAGGCGUUUGAAGGAGAGGACCAGCAGAUAUGGACAGAGAGCAUCCUCCAUGGAUGCUGGUGCAUCUUCUGAUGAUUCUUCCAGCUGCGGCUGGGAGUGGAGCCCCUGUGACAGAUUUGGAGAAUGCUGCUGGAAAGCUAGUCUUCUACCAAACUGAGGGCAACGCCACCUACGUGAGAGACACAGGAGAACUGGCAUCAGAUGUUCCCACAGAGACAAUAUUUGAACUCUUUGACCCUCAGAGGAACUUCAGUGCAGCAAAGUUCACCUACACCUGGGACCUGGGGAAUGGAGAAGUGAUCCAGGGGACCGAGCCAGUGGUCCGCUAUCAUUACUCAGAACCAGGAAACUACACCCUGCGGCUGGACGUAGGAGUGAAUGUGGCCCAAUAUGCACCUCCGAUUACUGGCGUCUACUCCAAGGAUGUCCAAGUGCUUGAUGCCAUCAAAAACAUUGAACUGGAGGGGCCUUCAGAUUAUACGGUGUCCCAGGACUCCAGUGUGGCUUUCCAUGUUGAUGGAAGUCCUCCGAUGUGGGUGUGCUGGCGGUUCCUGAAAAACUGCCUUCCUGACCUGGCGUCUGGCUGCACACUGACCAUGCUGUAUGAGAACAGCCUGGAGCUGAACCACACCUUCACCUCCGCUGGUGUCCAUUGUCUGGACAUCAGUGUCCGCAACAACAUCAGCAAGCUGCAGACGUCCUUCAGCCUCUAUGUUAGAAGAAAUGAUCACAGCCACCCGUUGUUCAUCCUGUCAUGCGCUGCCGUUCUUGUAGCCACGUUCUCCUUCAUCCUAGUCAUCACCUGUCGCCCGUGGCAACAAAGCAAAUCACAGGUUGUUGCUUCCAGUAACGCUGCAUUUCUCAAAGACCAAGACUCUGGAGGUCAAAGUGAAAUCGUUUUCACCUUCUCCUCCAUGGAGAAAGGAGAGAGAGAGCCACUCGUCCUGCAGCACGGGACCCAGUACUAUUAAUCACCACCCUGCUCCUCGUCCUGUUCUCUCUAAGCCACCUUUGUGUAGUGACAACUGCUACAUUGAUCUAAACUUCUAUAUAUGAACCUACUCUGUGCAUGUACAAGCUUGUCUUGUUAUGUGUUUUAUACUCAAUAAAGUUGAAUUAGUGCCUGUGUGGGUCUAGGUUCAACAAUAAACAUGUUCUGAGUGGAAA